UCGACUUUCAGCGAGAAAGUCUUCGUUUCUGCAUAACAUUCAAGUUCAUUAGCAAACUGGUCACAAGUUGUGCGUCGGUCACACUGCGGAGGGACACGCCCCUUUAAUCCUAUUGGCUGCUGACGACAGACGCUGUCAUGUGACCUGCUACCCAACAAAUAUACAGGAAGAACUGGAAACAACAAACCUUCGGUCCACAGGAUGAUGACUGCGGGGUUUCUGAGUUCGCUCCUGUUGGCGCCGCUGCUGCUGGUCUCCGGCGUCCCGUUCUUUGACCCCAGCAAUGGCACGGUGCCUCUGGUGAUGUGGCACGGCAUGGGUGACAGCUGCUGCAACCCUCUCAGCAUGGGAGCCAUCAAGAAGAUGAUCGAGGAGGAUAUUCCAGGCAUUUACGUGCGGUCACUGAUGAUCGGGAAGAACUUUGUGGAGGACACAGAAAACGGCUUCUUCAUGGACGUGAACGAGCAGGUGGCGUCCGUCUGCAAGCAGCUGGCUCAGGACCCGGAGCUGAAGGGAGGCUACAACGCCAUGGGCUUCUCCCAGGGGGGGCAGUUUCUGAGGGCCGUGGCGCAGCGUUGUCCCUCUCCACCGAUGAAAACUCUGAUCUCAGUCGGCGGUCAGCACCAAGGUGUGUACGGACUCCCGCGCUGCCCGGGCGAGAGCUCCACUCUGUGCGACCUGAUCCGAAAAGCCCUGAACAGCGGCGCCUACUCGGACCUGGUCCAGAAACAUCUGGUUCAGGCCCAGUACUGGCACGACCCGCUGAACGACGACCUGUACAAGAUACACAGUCUGUUCCUGGCCGACAUCAACCAGGAGAGGGUCGUGAACCAGACGUACAAGAAGAAUCUUCAGCUGCUCGAAAAGUUUGUUCUGGUCAAGUUCCUGCAGGACACGGUGGUGGACCCGGUCGACACAGAGUGGUUUGGCUUCCUGAAGGCAGGCCAGGCCAAGCAGACAGAGACCCUGCAGGAGAGCGCCCUCUACAUCGAGGAUCGUCUGGGCCUGGCAGCCAUGGACAAGGCCGGGAAGCUGGUCUUCCUGGCCACAGACGGAGAUCACCUGCAGUUCACCAGAGAGUGGUUCAACCAGAACCUGCUGCCUUACCUGCGCUGAGUCGGAGGGGAACAAGAGUCUUGCACUGAUCGGUGGUGUUGCUGCUGUAUGUUGGAGCUCAUGGUUUACUUUUUUGUUUACUUUUGUCAGCUCAGUCUUAAUGCUUUAUUUUAAUGUGUACUGUAGAAUAAACUGUUGCUUCCACGGCUGGCCUUUUAUUGAGAAGCAGGGGGAGUUGUUGGUGUGUGCUGGAGCACAGCCAUGUACACUUUAAUUUACUGUUAAUAUUUUGAAACUGCUGAUCUGUUUCAUAGAGUCGAUGGAAACUAGAACAAAAUAAACGAGUUGUGAAAUGUACGAACGAGGAGCUUUGCUGCCACCCGGCGGUGAUAUGAGUGAACUUCAUUAAACUCAUCUGAACACGU